CUCAUAAAAGGCAGAUUCACCGAGAAUUCUUGUUUUACGUAGAUAAUCUGAAUUAAUUCAAUUUUUAUAUUUUAUUUAAACCAUCACACAAAGACUAAUUAAAUAAUUCUCGUUAUCGUUGAUAGAGUCUUAAGUUGGCGACACAAAAGGCUUAGAAGUUUAGUCGCUAAAGACGCAUCAACAGCAAAACUUGAAAACUUUAUAAGAAGAAAAACAUUUUUGAAAAAAUAAUAUUAAAGUUUGUGCAAUUAAACUUUUAAGAGUUCGUUUUGAAAAUGAAAUUUUUUAUUGUUCUUCUGGCUUUCGUCGGCAUGGCUUUAGCACGCCCUCAAAUUUUAUUUCCUGGGUUAAGUUUAUCAACAAGCAAUGCUAAUGCACAAUCACAAUCUCAAGGAAUAUUUGGAGUUCCAUACGGUGGCGGAUUUGGCGGACUCGGUGGACAGAGCCAAAGUGCUUCAAAUGCCAAUGCGCAGUCGUUUAACUUGAACUUGGGAGGCGGCGGAAUUGGAAUUCCGGGCUUAUUUGGAGGACGAUAAAUUCACGAUCAACAACAACAUUCAUACUGUACAGUUGAUAAACAUUUAAGAUGAAAACGUCAUUAAAUAUUUACUAAAUCAAGAAAAUGAGUCAUUUGAGUAUUUUAACGUCGUCAACAAGCAAUUAAAAGUUCUUCAAGUGAAUAAAAGCUACGAUAUUUUAAUAAAUAUUAUUUGUGUGAUUUUCCUGAACAUCUUUUUCAGGUUUUCCCUUUGUUUACAAGUGCCUCGUGUGAAACGAAUUAAACUUGCAAAUUAGUAAUGAUGACGACGAUGAUAUCUUGGAAUGCG